GCGAGCUGGCAGAGGAGUCGGCUGAGAACGUAUAUUCAGUGAUUUUUAUUAUUAUUAUUGUUUUUUACUGGAGCAGAUAGCACGUAAAGACAACCAAUCAGUCCUCUUUCCGAUCCAUAUUCUGAGCCUCCAGCCCGAGAACUCCCGGCUAAACGGCACCGCCCCGGAACCUUGUAUCACCGGAACUAGAUGCCGAAAUCCCUUGUGUUACCGCCGGACGCAACGCUCCCGGGACGCUUCCGGUUAGGAAUCAUGGCCGCGGCCGUUCGAGAGUCACGUGUGAGUGCGGGGAAAAAGCUGAAAAAUUCACUAAAGAAGAAGGGGAAGAUGAAAAUGGUAUUCCCGGCUGUAGCAUCGGAGCUGGAAGAUAAGGACAAAGAUGCUGCCGAUAGUGAAGGUUCUGUAGGAAGCUGUGGAUCGGAAAAGGAUCACUUUUCCUCUGGUGAAGAAGCAAUAGAAGCUGACCAUGAGGAUGAAGCUGAGCCCUGUGGCGAUGGCAGUGAAGAUGCCGUAGAAGCUAGUGUUGGAACUAACGUGGGCUGGGCAGAUGCCAUGGCUAAAAUCCUUAGCAAGAAGACUCCUAAAAGUAAACCCACCAUUCUGGUCAAAAACAAAGAGCUGGAAAAGGAAAAAGAGAAGUUGAAGCAAGAGAGACUAGAGAAAAGAAAACAGCUUGAUAAGAAGCGGGAAUGGGAAAUGAUGUGCAGAGUAAAGCCAGAUGUUGUCAAAGACAAAGAAACAGAGAGAAAUCUUCAGAGAAUCGCAACGAGGGGUGUGGUGCAAUUAUUUAAUGCUGUUCAAAAGCAUCAAAAGAACGUUGAUGAAAAGGUUAAAGAAGCUGGAGGAUCUAUUAGAAAGCGUGCUAAGCUGAUAUCAACUGUUUCCAAGAAAGAUUUCAUCAGUGUUCUCAGAGGGAUGGAUGGAAGCACAAAUGAGAAAAGUUUGACUGGGAAGAACUCGAAAGCCAAACAGACUGAAGCAAAAUCAGAAGAGGGCCCAGCAUGGACUAUCCUACGUGAUAAUUUCAUGAUGGGAGCAUCCAUGAAAGACUGGGACAAAGAAAGUGAUGGACCAGAUGACAACAGGCCGGGGUCUGGAAGUGACUCUGACACAUAAAGCUAUAUAAGAAACACAGUUUCCAUUUUAUUUUUCCUAGAAAAAUACUCAUGCUCUGAAAGUUGGGGAAUUAUAAAGAUACCAUUUGUAAGAGAGCCAAAAGACUUUCACUGUUAUCAACUUCGGUGUUUCUCUUUUUCAUGUAAACUUGGUUAAAGUGAUAUUUCAAACCUUGUAUAAUUUUAAGCAUUGUUCUUUAGAAUGUUUGUGGAAAGAAAUAUUUCUACUUGAGAUAUGCAUUUUGCCAAGUUCAUUAUAGGUUUACCUAUUGCUUUUGGAUAUUGGUGUUUUAUUUAAGUAUCACCGAGGGUUGUAGAAAUGCAGUAUCAAUUAAUAAUUAAAAUGAACUCCUUGAAGUUAA